GCGGACUGUUCAAAUUGUCAAGGUUGUAAUUCACUUACUUUAUGCCUUUGCUCAGUAAAUCGUUAGCUGUUGUAAUUCAAGUUUAGUAAAAACACUACCUAGUAGACCUUUAGUUAUUACUCAAUCUGUUUGCUGGGAAUGGGUCACAUUUCUAGUCUGUCAAACGAUCACUAGUACUUUCAUUAAAUUAAAUUGUAUGUAUUUGACGAUUUCCUCAACUCACCGUUUUAUGACAGCUAUUUGAAUAGUAAAAGUAUGAUGGGUUUGCAACUUAGUCCUGGCACUCCUCAUUUUAAUUGUCAAACUGUCUUAGUUGCACAUUACCACUGAUAGUGAUUUUUUCGAUUACGUAGUUUAUAUAUCCAAUUUAAGUUCAUUCUGUUUAUUCACGGAGUCAUCAGCUAACUUUUUCUCCUUUCUUUUUUAGCUCCUACCUACGCACACUUCCCUGUGUUUUUCUUCAGUGUCUAAAGUGCCUUCAGGCUAGACGUGAACCACUACUGAAGUAGUGCACACUUCUGGUCAUACUAUUCCCCAAUAUUACAGUGAAUUUCAUGAUUUUCUCAUCGAUUGACAUACUUUGGGAAUAUUUCGACUUCUGACCACACAUCUAAAUUUUAAUGUCGGAAGAAGUUGCAGAAGACAAACGAUUGAUUUCAGAGGCAGCUUCGUGCUACAGACGUAAAGAUUUUGAACAAUGCCUUUCUAUUAUGGAGAAACUGAAAAUCCGAAAGCCGAAUGAUACAAAAGUAAAAAUAAAUAAGGCACUAUUAUCAUAUGCAUAUACGUCACGUUAUUCUCAGAGUGAACAAUAUAUUUCUGAUCUGAAAAGAAUUGCAGCUGUUGAAGGAAUGAAUCUUGAUGACUAUAUUAAUAAAACGGUCCUAAGUAGACAUAAUUCAGACCGUUCAGACGAACCUCAUACUUCUAAAGAUCUGUUGUCGAAUACUUCACCUCAGUUUGUAUCGAGAUCUUCUGUUAUGAUAAACUUGCUGUACAACUACGCUGUUGUAUUAUUUUAUCAACAUCAGUAUGCUCAAGCUGAAGAACUUCUUGCUAACUGCCUUGGUAUCCCAUCAAACUUGGAAUCCACAUGUAGUAAGACAUUACACCUAAAUGCGACUCAAUUAAACUUUCAGUCUCCUACAUACGUUGAUCAAUUUCCUUCUACUCUGAUACAAACGAUAGACCUUACACUAUCAAACGAUACUGACUUAUGUCGACGUAUUGUGCUUCUUUGGUUGGAAGUUUCUUUGAGAUUGUUUCUGAUGGAGCGUGUCUUUGAAAUUUGUGACUACUGGAUUUUAUGUCUUAAUACGGCAUCAGUGAUGUCAGAAACAGCCAGCUUGUCAUCGAAUCCGCAGCCACUAACUUCAUCUGAAAAUACCAGCUGUCAUUCACAUAAUCUCAGUAGUAAUGCUUUGUCUGUGUUAAUUGGAAUUCAAAAACCAAUACAACUUUACUACAUUCGAGCAUGUUUACUAACAGGACGUUUAAAUGAAGCUGAAUCAGAAUUAAAUAUAUUCUUAUCAGAAAGUUAUUCGAUAUCAAAUAACAACUCCCUUCAAAAGAAUACUGAUUUAGAAGAAAAUUCCCCGGAAGUCAAAAUUACGCCUGACGAUGAGGGUACAAAUUGCAUAGAAGCGAAAAAACUAGAAAAUACCACACAUCCAGUUUCUGAAAGUGACACUGAUCAUUGUUCUAAUAUUGUGUGGUCUACUGGAAAUUCUGUGUAUUUCCUUCAAGCUCAGCUAGCUUUUCUGAAGGGUCAGUAUAGUGAUGCCAUCAAAUUGCUUACUUCUAUGCCAUCACCUUCUUAUAAUUCAACGGCUAUGCAUGACUUAGAGUCUGUCAUCUUAAAGAAUAAUCUUUCCUUGAUUUAUCAUCGUACUGGUCGAUGUACAUCUGGUUUGAUACAAAUUCGUCAUGCUUUAAAACAAAUCGACAAAACAAUCAGAACUGCUGUACAAUCAGAAGAAAAAAAAGUGUCUCAUUUACUCAAUCAUCAAAAUGGUUGCUCCUCUUUAGUUGAAUAUUCUGAAUUGUUUAACCAGAUUCCACUACAUGUGUCCAGUCUACUUGAACAUUACGAAUUAAUUUAUAAUUAUGGGAUACAAUUAUUAUUCACUAAUAGACCUUCAGAAGCAUUCGCUACACUAUCACAACUUGUACGUAUUUAUCCAAGAAAUCCUCGUUUAUGGUUUCGUCUUGCAGAAUGUUGUAUAAAGUUGCAUUGUCCACAUAAUUUAUCACUUUGGAAUAUGGAAUCAAGAAAACGAUGUAUUGUUGAAACCUUUGGUUCUGGUCCGUUUCGUAAAUUAUCACUUGCUUCUGUGAAUCCACAGGUCACCAAGUCAAAAGUGGAUGAUGCAUUAUUAUCGUCUCCGAGUAUGGAAUUUGCAUUUCUGGCAUUACGUAAUGCAAGCCUAUUAAUUCCAACACCUGAUAAGCUUAUUACAAAUAAGUCUUCAAAUAAUGAUAAACUGAAUUCAUCAUAUGUUUCAUCUCUUGUUAAAUGGUCGAAUAAACAGUUUAUUUCCACUUAUCCAUCUCCAACACCAUUGUUCGGUAUCGGAUUAUUACACUUCUUGUCAGCUUUACACGUGAAUAUAUCAUAUGUGGCUUUGUGUUUAAAUGAAUUUGUAGAUGUAAUACAUUCUACCAGUUUGAUAAUCGAUUCAAUACCACAAAAUGAAACUAAUUCCAAUCCGGUAGUAUCGGUUAAACGUAGAAAAUAUUUGCCUAAUCUUGCUAUGAUUGCUCCGAAAAUUCACAGUUAUUUAUGCCGUUUAUAUUGUGCUGAAGCUUUAACUUAUCUGGAUAAAGUAGAUGAAGCCACUGCUUUAUUACAGAUAUCCACAAAUAAUCAAUUAGAUUCCAUUAUACAUUCUUUAAAUGGUGUUUGUUUUGCAAUGCCAUUUCUUUUUCCUAACACUGAUUACAUCAAUUCGUCUACAAAUAAUAAUGAUUCAGUGAAUAACAACUCGAAUAGUUGCGAUCAGAUCAGCCCGUCGUUUCUUGUGAAUAAAUGUUCAAAGCAGUCAAUUAUUCGACCUGUGGACUUUCCUUCUAAUGUUGUUCAGUCUUCAUCAUUAUUAGCUUACAAUUUAGCAGUUACAUUAGCUAUUCAAAAACAAUAUACUUUAUCAAAACAAUACUUAGAUCUUGCAUUACCAGGUUUAUUUAUAUCAGCAAAUGAAUUAGAUGGUCGAAAAUGGUAUAUUCAUGAAUGUUUAAAAAAGUCAACUAUAAUUACACAUUAUAAAUUAUUAUUACCAACUACAGUUAUUUUAUUACGUAUCUAUUUAGCUAUAAAUUUAAAUAAUCAAAAAUAUGCAAUUGAAUUAAUACGUGAAAAUUUUGGUCAUUUGGCAAUGAUUAAUAGAUUCAAUUCAAUUCCUAUUUAUAAUCAUAAUGAAUUAACUUCUAUGACAUCAUUAUCACAAGAGAAUGUUGUUUCAUCAUCAACUACUAAAAGUAUUCCUUUAACUUUAAUUGAUUUACAACAAUUGAUUAAAAAUCAACAAUAUCAAUCAAAUUCAACUAUUGGGAUUACACAAUUACAUUCAACAUCAUCCAUUCAAUCAUCACAACAGUUCAAUAAUAAUAAUAAUAAUUUAUGGACACCUUGUCAACAAUUUCGUCAAUCUCAAGCUCAACAAAAUCAAACAAUUUAUUAUUCACCAUUGUUACAAACACAAUCAACACUUACUAAUUAUGAAUAUGCAAAUUGUUGGGAUCUAUCAACACCAUCAACAACUGGUAUAAUUACAGCUAAUAAUGAAAAUGAUUGGCCACCUUUAUAAAUUGUAUUUGGUGUUCAGUAUUAUUUUGUUUUCUUGUUUGUUUGUUUUUUUUAAUCUCAAUAAAUGGUGAAGCAUUUUAUAAUCUUUAUGAAUGAAUUUGAUUUGGUCGGGUAUUUUUUUUAUCAAUGUAGACAACUUGUUAAAUGUAUGAACUCAGGAGUAACUUUAUGUUUAAAUAAAAUAUCGGUUAGCUAUAAUAAACAGUAAUCAUAAAGAGCCUCCUUAUUGUGACUACUAGUUUGAUGUGAGGGUUUGGAUUGCUUAUCAUGAUGACCCAGUUGAGUUAUAUUGACUGGAACACUUUGUUCCAGCAUGCAAGCCAGGUCGGUGGAAAAGUGUUAAGACUAAAAGUAGCACUUAAAGGACGAGGGUGAUGUUGUACUACUGGCUUUACAGAGAUCUGGUGACAGUAAGGUGUUUUCCUCAUACAACCAGCAUCCAGAGCGAUGCUACCUUUCCACGACGAAAAGAAAUCACUAAGAAAUAUUGAUUCUCAGUGUAGUACUCCUCAGUGAUUUUCCCCAUUGUCGGUAAGAUCUUCAAAGUACAGAGCUAAGACAUCAAGAACUAUUCACA